CAUCAAAUUCAUGUGGGAAUCGCAACUGUGAAUCUUUUUUGUUUAAAAAACGGUUUGAUCAUUCCCAUUACAGAUAUAUUCCACUAUGUAUCGUAGUCGCCGCCCUAGGUCGAGCAAAGGUCUUGAGCAGGAGAAAAUUAUUGCCCAAACGUUUGUUAAGUUUCUGGAGGACAACAAUCGUAAGGAAGACAUGUUUAUAGACGAAUUGAGGCAGAUAUACCAAGAAGAAUUUCGCCGUCUGUACAGCACGCUGGGUAUGUCAUUCUCCAAAAUUUUGAACACACUCACGUACCAUAUAAAUGCUUGUCAGCAACUUCAAGAUCGUAUUAUCUUUGGUGGCGGAGAAGCCGCAGCUCUUCAACUCCUCACUGAUGAUCAUGAUGAUGAUCUUUGUCACCGCUCGCCCUCGAGCUUGAGCCCUUUCUAUUGUAAUAUAUGUAAAAGAGAUCUUGGAAAUGAUAGAGCUUACAGCAAACACAUCGAAGGGGUGAAACAUCGCCAACAGUAUAUCCUCAUAACGAUUCGAAAAUCACUGAAAAAGCCAGAGCUUGUCUUUGACAAAAAUGGGAUGAGGGUUACUUCAGAUCCCGCUGGAGAUGAACAUGGUGUGAUUGAAUUAAAAGUGGAGAGUGGAAAAUACGGACAAAUUGUGUUAAUCAUCGAGAACCUCAGUGAGGAGACCAUCACCCUUGAGGAUAUAACCCUACUAUGGAGUGUGAACUUUUUUGAUUACUCGGAAAUAUCCAGUAUUGGGUCUUAUGUGGGUCAGCUCCACCCAGGUUGUCAGAGGAGGUUCAGGAUUGGCUGCAAACGUCGCCGGGAGUUUGGUUAUUCGUAUGUUCCCGGUGUGCUUACAUUUCAGACCGAAGACGGGGUGGAGUUUCACAUCCUUAGGUUUUUUUCUGUACGCAUCGUGAGUGACUUGUACGAUGACUUGAAGCAGACCUCAGAGUAUAAACCUCCCCAACGGGCAACAGAAAUUCCCAGGGAUGUUAAAACAUUUGGAGGGAUACCCCUUCCACGUUUACAGAGGAAUGGCUUAAUUAUGGAGAAGCUAGACUUUUACGAAAUCCCUUUAACUGUAAAAGCCCAGGUCAUUAAAAGCAAUCAAAUCCGAGAAGGACUUUGUGAGCGACUGAAAAAGAAUUUGAGCUUUGACAACUACAAAGAGAAGUUCUCUCUGCUUCUUCACGUGGAAGAACUACAAAUGCAGAAGGAUAUCAGAAACUAUGAUAUGAAAGGAGUUGUUUUUCAACAGGAAAGAGGAGACAGACGCUUUCUGAUCUUAGAGGUGCCCGGUCUUGCAGAAAAUCGCCCGUCCGUGUUACGCAGUGACAAGAUCUAUGCCUACGAGCCAGGUGUAUUACAGCGACGAUACGAAGGAAUCGUGCACAAAGUCCAAAUGCUGGAUGUGAAACUUGGCUUUAACAUGAACGAUAUGCCUUAUGUUAAGGGUAAGAAGUUCGACAUCCAGUUCACUUUUCAUCGACUUCCAGUACAGAUGGAACAUCGCGCGUGCGAGCAGAUUGCGUCUGUGAACAGGCAAGACAUGCGACACGUUCUCUUUCCAUCAGAUGACUGUCUCGAUCAAAGGGGAGAAAUUAACAAGGAGGUCCGUUUCUUUUACGACCGCAACCUGAACAGUGAACAAGAGCAGGCGGUCCAAAAGAUUGUGUCAGGAUCUUCACGCCCUGCUCCAUACCUCGUGUUUGGACCCCCCGGGACUGGAAAGACGGUUACUUUGGUCGAGGCGAUUAAACAGGUGCACGCUUUGAUUGGCUCAAGCUACAUUCUGGCUUGUGCGCCAGAAAACAGCGCUGCUGACUUAUUAGCCGAGCGGCUGUUGCCUCACGUAGAUAAAGGCAAAUUGUUCCGGAUUUAUGCUACGUCAAGGCCGUGGGACUUUGUGCCUCAAAAGCUCAGGGACGCACGAGUGGUAAAUUUUGACCCUGUGUUACGUGAAGUGUAUUUCCCCUCUAAAGAGGACUUGAUGAACGACUAUCGCAUAAUUGUCACAACUCUGAUAACGGCAGGAAGGUUGGUGUCAGCAUUGUUCCCACGAGAUCACUUCACGCACAUUUUCAUAGACGAGGCGGGUCAUGCAACAGAACCUGAGUGUAUCAUCCCUGUGGCGGACCUCCUGGACCCCAAUAAUCCCAGGGGCGGUCAGCUGGUGCUUGCGGGAGACCCUAAGCAGUUAGGCCCGAUCCUCAGAUCCCCAAUUUCACAGAAAUAUGGACUGGAAACUUCUCUUUUGGAACGGCUAAUGACGUCAUGUCCUGCCUACGAUCGUGGACCCAGAGGAAGUUAUAAUCCAAAUCUGUUGACAAAACUUGUGAACAAUUACCGUUCACACAGAGCCAUUAUCGAGAUUCCUAAGCAGCUGUUUUAUGAUAACGAGCUGAAUGAAUGCGCUGGAGAUUUCAGAAAUGUGAUGAUAGGCUGGGAAGAGCUUCCGAAUAAGAACUUCCCGAUCAUUUUCCAUCCGGUGUUUGGUAAGGACGAGAGAGAAGGUAGCAGCCCUUCCUUCUUUAAUGUGGCUGAGGUGGAAACUAUUGAGCGAUACCUGAGGAAACUGUUAGACGACAAUGUGAGGAGCAGAGGACUAAAGCACUUAAAACCUGAGAUGAUUGGGGUGAUAUCUCCUUACAAAAGACAAGUGCAAAAGAUCCAGAAAAUGAUUGAAAAAAGACGCUUUGGUGGCGAAAUCAAAGUUGGCAGCGUGGAAGAGUUCCAGGGGCAAGAAAGAAGAGUAAUCAUCUUGUCAACAGUUAGGAGCACCAAGAAAGAAUAUCUGGAGAUGGACAAGGACUUCCGCCUCGGAUUCCUCAACAAUCCCAAGAGAUUCAACGUGGCCAUAACUCGUGCCCAGGCUCUCUUGAUUCUCAUAGGGAAUCCGGACAUGCUCUGCUUGGACGAGAACUGGAAAACUUUUGUAGAUUAUUGUCGAGAAAACAAAGCUACUGUUGACGUGGAGAGGAAAGAAAAGGUGGAAGACAUUGCAGAUACUUUAAAAAGACUCAAAAUCUUCUCCUCAGGCGCUUCAGAAUAUGACGAAGACGGCUCAGAAAUUAGCCAGCGUCAGCUUCAAGAACACCCAGAGUGGACUAGGCACGAGUAAAUGUCUCUAUUCCAAUCUCCAGCUGCGCUAGAACCUUAUCAUCUUGUAAUUAAUUUUUAAACAAAUCAUCUUCGAGGACUUUUUAUUUGAACUUUCAGUGUUAGAUUUUGUAAGUUAGGAUUUGCAAUUGUGACAAAUAUUAUUGCUACACACUUAAAGUGACAGGCGCUGUCUUCAGAUGAUGAAUAAGUCAGUAUUAUUUAAAGAAUUUGUAAAUUAUUUUUUACACGUUAAACUAAGAAAAUUGCGAACACACGGCUCUGAAAGCUUUAUAUACUGUAACAGCAGUGUAUGGUUAUGUGGUUUAAAUUUCAAAUGUAAUCAUUCUGGUCAUAUUAAUGUGUUUGUGAAUUUCAUGUGUUCGUCAUUGUUGCUGUUUUUGAACAGUAUUUUAGCGAAAAGUUCUCAUCUGUAAGUGAACACAUCUGUUAGUGAAUUUCUUACAACUUAAGAGUCUUUGAAAAAAAAUCUGUGCUAGCAGUGAAAUUAUUGGUGUUGAUGUGGACUGCCCCAAUAAAGAUGGAAUUACUCCAAUGUACUUAGCGUUAUUCAUUGGCGGCGACUCGUGUGAAUUGCACAGUCCAUGAUGCAAAGUUGUCGACGUAAUAAAGAGCUACGGUGGAACUCUUCGAUAUCCCUCGCUAGAAGCAGAGUACUUCCUCGUCU